UCCUGUUUUUUUCCUGUCCAGAGACCACAGAUCCCAUCUCGCUGGACGACUGCUGUAAGGAUGGCAAAGAAAGAGGCCAGGAGUCUCAGGACUGCACGAGUCUGCCGCUCAUCUCCGAAUCCACCACCUGCAGGAUCGCUCAGGAACAGUGCUGUACUGCGGUUCUUGAAGACAACAUAUGCACCAGCGGCAUCAAUAUGGCGAAGGACCAGGGCAGUUGUGAUGCACUCUUGUCCAGCAGCACAUGUGAAACGAAGACGGCUAAGACGUGCUGUGAGUGCUGUUUGCUCGGCCGGGCGGCCCAGGAGCGAGGGCUGUCAUGUGACCUCACCCUCGCUGUGUGGUACCAGUGCGGUCUGGUGUCCCGCGCCUGCUGUGUGGACCGAUCGCCCAACAGCAACGGAAAGCCUGCACCGGAAUUACCACCAUCACAGGGUGAUGCACAAAACACAGAGGAUCAGUGCAAAGCUGCCGGCUGCUCUCAGAGCUGUUUUAACGGCUCUUGUGCCUGUUUGGAGGGAUACAAGCUGAAGGUGGACGGGAAAACCUGCGAAGACAUGAACGAGUGUUUGCUGGGCUCUCAUCAGUGCCGCGGGGGCGAGCGCUGCAUCAACACGCUGGGAUCGUACCGCUGUCAGAGGGUCAUCAGCUGCGGGACAGGCUACGAACUCACCGACAACAACAAGUGUGAAGACAUUGAUGAGUGUGAAACCGGCACUCAUAACUGCGCAGCUGAGCUGGAGUGUCAGAACACAGCCGGCUCGUUCCGCUGCCGUCCCAGAGUGCAGUGCGGCAUGGGAUUCAUUCAGGACGCUCUCGGGAGCUGCAUCGAUAUAAACGAGUGUUUGAGCGUGACGGGACCGUGUCCAUCGGGUCACAUGUGCUUCAACACGGUCGGCUCCUACACCUGCCAGAGACACUCGGUGAGCUGUGGACGGGGAUAUCACCUGAACACCGAUGGCUCUCGCUGCGUGGAUAUCGACGAGUGUGCGGGGCCUGAUAACUCCUGUGACGGUCACGGCUGUAUUAAUCUGGUGGGCUCGUACCGCUGCGAAUGCAGGGUCGGCUUCAUCUUCAACAGCAUUAGCAGAUCCUGUGAGGACAUCAAUGAAUGCAGGAAUUAUCCCGGCCGUCUGUGUGCGCACAAGUGUGAAAACAUCCUGGGCUCCUACAAGUGCAGCUGCACCACGGGCUUCAAGCUGGCUGCCGACGGCAGGAACUGCGACGACCUCAAUGAGUGCGAGAGCAGCCCGUGCAGUCAGGAGUGUGCGAAUGUCUACGGCUCCUACCAGUGCUACUGCCGCCGCGGGUAUCAGCUGAGUGACAUGGACGGCGUCACCUGUGAAGACAUCGAUGAGUGUGCGCUGCCCACCGGCGGACACAUCUGCUCUUACCGCUGCCACAACACACCGGGGAGCUUCCACUGCACCUGUCCCACCACAGGAUACACCCUCGCCACCAACGGACGCAGCUGCCAGGAUAUCGAUGAGUGUGUAACCGGUACUCACAGCUGCAGCGAAUCUGAGAGCUGCUUCAACAUUCAGGGCGGAAAUAAAUGCCUGAACUUCGACUGUCCGGCGAACUACAGACGCUCAGGAGACACCAGGCCGAGGGUCAAUCGUGCCGAUAUUAUCCGAUGUGUGAAGUCCUGCCAGCCCAAUGACAUCUCCUGCGUGCUCAAUCCCAUCCUCUCCAUCUCACACACGGCCAUCUCGCUUCCCACCUUCAGAGAAUUCAACAAACCAGAAGAAAUUGUGUUCCUAAAAUCUCCCACACCUUCUCACCUUCCUCACGUGGACUCCCCGGAGAUUGUCUACGACAUCCUGGAAGGAAACGUCCAGAACUCGUUCGACAUCAUCAAACGUCUGGAUCAUGGGAUGAUCGUGGGUGUAGUCAGACAGGUGAAGCCGCUGGUUGGUCCUGUGAGCACCGUACUAAAGCUGGCCAUGAACUACGUCACAAACGGAGUCGUUUCUCACCGGAACAUCAUCAACGUUCACAUCUACGUGUCAGAGUUUUGGUUUUAAAAACAUCAACAUUAACCUUUCUGUCUAUACAUUUUUGGUGUCCAUUUAUGAAAUCACAAAAACAUUGUCAUUUACUUAAACUUUGAAAACAUGUCUUAAAAUAUCUUAUCUCAUCAAUAUAAGUGCAUUGUCAUGCUGCACUAGCAGAUUAUGUGAAAAGUACGACAAAAUUCUCUUAUAUUGAAGAUUUAAUCAGAUUUUCUUUCAGUGCAACUACAGUUAAUUUAGCAAAUUUAGGAAUAAUAAUAAUAAUAAUAAUAAAAUAAUCUGUCGUCAUUUACUCACCAUCAUGUCGUCCACUUGAUUGACUUUCUUCUGUGCAACGUAAAACAAGAUGUUUAGCAGAAUCUAUGAAAUGACAUAAAGGUGAAUAUGAGUAUUUCAAUUUCUAGAUGAACUAUUCCUUUUAAUGCAAUUAAUUGCGUGAGAUAAUUUCUAAAUGGACACCUAAAAUGACUAAAUGCUUUUGUCCAACUAAAGUUUUACAAGAGAAACAUGUCACACCAGGACAGACAAGAAAGAUGCAUGAUGGGAGCGAUGCCGUGCUUCAGACGCCACUAUGUUUUUGGUGGAAUAAACAUCAUUUGCUGCUCUGAUUUUAAUUGUAGAAUGUAAAAGCAUGUUUUUACUUAUUUCCCACUGGUUUCCUCUUCAGCUGCCUUUGGGAGUCGAACUGAAGGCGUUUCUGUGAAUUGAUGCGAGCUCAUCCUUCAUAGGGCUGAAAGAAAGACAAAUGAAUAUGGAGUUGACGACUCGACACUGAUUGUAUGCUUGUGUAGACACACUUUGCAUUGCUUAAUGUAUUGUAUCACCGACUGUGUCAUUAAAAACGUUUUUUAGAUUUCUA